AAAGAAUGGAGGACUUAGUAAGAAUGCAGUCAGGGGUGGUUUCAGAGCUCCACUAGCCAUGGACCUGCCAUGCCAAACUUCAUCUGCCUGCCCAGUAUGUGAAAGAACUGGCUGAUGAAUUCAUAGCAAAUUACAAGCUUAACCAUGACCAAGGCACAGCACUGCAGAAAGUGGCAGACAUGAUGAACAAGGAAAGUGCAUCACUGCAGCCUAUCCUGCUAGUGCAUGGUGUAUUUGGUGCUGGCAAGAGUUUUUUGCUAUCCGUGCUGAUUUUGUUUGUGGUGGAGCUUUUUCAGCGCAAUGAAAGUUAUGCACCAGGUGUACCGUUUCCAUGGAAACUACUGUUGUCAUCUACCACUAACGUAGCAGUGGAUCGUGUUCUGCAAGGGCUCCUAGACCUUGGUUUUGAGGACUUUGUGCGCGUGGGCAGUGUCAAGAAGAUUGCCAAGCCAGUGCUUCCUUACAGUGUUCAUGCAACCGGCACAGAUAGCCAGGAGCUCAAAGACCUGCAGGAAAUGCUACUGAGCAGCAGCAUAACACCAGCAGAAAAACAUUUUGUAAAGAAAAGCAUUGAAAGACACAGACUUGGUGAAAACAGAAAAAGACUAGGAGCUGUUCGUGUGGUGGGAGUGACUUGUGCUGCUGCCAGUUUCCAGUGUCUGGAUAAAAUGCUGUUUCCAUUCGUGGUGUUGGAUGAAGCCAGUCAGAUGACAGAACCAGCCUCUUUGCUGCCAAUCGCUCGCUUUGGAUGUGAAAAGCUGGUGCUUGUUGGUGAUCCAAAGCAACUAGAUCCUACACUACAAGGCUCAGAGCCAGCACAUUCUGAAGGCUUGGAGCAGACCUUAUUUGACCGGCUGAUAAAAAUGGGUUGUGAGCCAGUGGUGCUGAGAACUCAGUACAGAUGCCACCCAGUCAUCAGUGCUAUUGCCAACACCCUGUUUUACCAUGACCAGCUUGUAGACGGCAUCACUGCUCUUGACAGACAACCGCUUCUGGACCUAGUGCCCACUUUGUGCUUUUACGAUGUAUCAGCUGGCCAGGAAAGAAGUGACUCAAGUGGCAGUUUCUUUAAUGAAGCUGAAGCUCGGUUUGUUGUCCUGCUUCUGAAGGUCCUCCUAGCACAGGGAAUGACAGCAUCUACAGUUGGUGUGGUCACACUGUACAAGGCUCAAGCUUUCCACAUCAAGGAUAUUAUUAGAUCCACUGAGAGUAAUUGUGAGAAAGAAAUGUUAGGUGUGCAAGUGUCAACAGUUGAUGCCUUCCAGGGUGGAGAGCGAAAUGUCAUUAUUUUAUCUUGUGUUCGAACCCGCAGCCUGGGAUUCAUUGACAGCGACAAGAGAAUGAAUGUGGCACUGACAAGAGCACGGCAUCACUUGCUGAUUGUUGGAAAUCAGAGGAACUUAACAAAUAAUGUUCAGUGGGCAACUGUCAUCAAACAUUGUGAAGGUCAACAAGACGGUAUUGUAGCAGCAAAUCAAGCAGCAAGAAGGCUGGAAGCCAUUCUUGAGGAAUCCUGUGAAAGUCACAUCACAAGAGAAAAAGAUAGUGGGCCUGGCAGCACUAAGCAGACAAUUUCCUGUCCAGCUAGAGCAAGGAAUGCCACACCAACACAAGCAGCCCAUCCUUAUGACCUGGAGCUGCAAGAGGAUGUAUCUAUCAGUGAGGAUGCCCUGCAUGCAACAUUGCCUCAUGGUACAGUGCCUUUUCUAUCAUCAACAUCUUAUUUACCACUUGCAUCACAGAUCAGUAAAACAAAUUUCAUGCCUGCUGAUUAUGACUGUGGUCAAGUACAGACAAGAUCUUCCAGAGUCAAGAGCCCAAAGCAUCUGCUUGCACAGCCAAUUGUGAUAGAAGAUGAUGUCACUUCAGACAAUGACGAGUUGCCUGAAGGAUUGUGAACCUGGUGCAUGGCCACUAAACUGGAAAUUUCAUUUUUUGUGGACUAGCUGAAUUUGAUGAAAAACAUUUUUGUGCUAAAGAUAUUAUUUUUAAGUAUGUAAUUUUGGACUAUGUGUCAUUGCAUUAAAAUUAAUACAAACGUUUAUAAAUGGUGGACUAGUAUUGAUUAGAUCCUAACACUAUUCACCCUUGAAAGCUUAGUGUGUGUACCCUCAAUUUGGCAGUCAGUCCAAGUGUUUUAUUGAGUUGUGAUCUCAGAAUUGUCAUUCACUGAACUUUCAAAAUCACAUUACACCAAGAAAAGGAUAAAUAAUUACAGCAUUUAACAAAGACAGACCACAAUAACUAAAAAAAAGUAAUGCUAUUCUCUUAGGAUCAACAACAUUUUAUUCUUGAUUUUAUGGGACGGUACAAUAAAAGACUAUUUUCUUGUACAUUUUAUAUUAACCUUGUUUUCACAGACUGUACAUGGCGUCUACAUAUCACAAAUUUAGAUAUGACAACAGUAUCCAACCAUUAAUACAUGGAUAAUUUAUUUCAGACAGCAGUUAACAGUGAUAUUUGACUCAAUUGAAAGCAGACAUAUAUGAUGCUGUAUCAGCAUUCAAACAACAGCAGCAAGCAAAUUUUUAAAGCAGUCCCCUUUUUUUCUAGCCAUGGGAACAAAUAAACAGAAAACACCAGCUUAUAAAAUUAAAACCAGAUUUUGAAUGUCAGCAAACAAUGUAACCAGCACUAGAAAAUAUUUUACGAAAACAAUAUUCUUUGUACGUAAACAGCAACAUAUCUCUAGGUUCCAGCAGUCUUACUAGAUAUAUUUUUUCCUUCUCAAAGAUAACAACAGAACUGGCUAAAGAGAAAAAAAAAAAAAA